GUUUUGCGUCUCUUUGUAGUUCCUUUGCAGCUCUUUGUGGUCUUUUUGAACCUCCUCUUGGUCUUCAUGUGUUCAUUUGAGUUAUACUUUGCAGACGAAGAAGGCCCUUAAAAACUUUGGAGCUCUGGCCCUGUGCCCAGAAGGCUCAUUCAGUAAUCCAUGCACAGUGCUGUGUGGUGCUCCAUAGCAGAAUAAUAAGUAAAUUCUGCCCUUUUCACAGAGCUGAACACAGGAUGAGGAGGCUGCUUGUUCAAAUUCUUUGCAUCACUCAGCUCCUGCUCUGUGCAGCUGACUCUCCUCCAGUGGGCGAGGACAUGCUGCAAAAGCUGUCUGCAGCAGGAGAGCAGUGUGUCGAUGAGGAGAUAAAGCGAGCGCUCCUUGGGGUGAAGCAGGUGAAGGAAACGAUGGGGAAAAGAGAGGAGAAGCACAGACAUCUUAUGGACGCCCUGAGGCACAGCAGUGACAAGAAGACGGGGGCGAUGCAGCUGGUCCGGGAAACAGAGCAGAAACUAGAGGAGGCUGAGAGACAGUGUCAAGAUUUAACCAAGUCUUCUUUUGAAGAAUGUCGACCCUGUCUUGAAGAUACUUGUAAAGCCUUCUAUACCUCUACGUGUCGCCGUGGCUUCGCCUCUUUCUCAUUCAAGGUGGAGGAGUUCUUCAGGAAAAUGGCUGCCCAGCUGGAAGCCACAGAGCAUGUUUAUGAGGAGAAUGUGGGUCACGCCACCUCACCUGAGAACCAGGUCACAGACGAUGGAGCAGAUCUGGAGCUCCUGCAGGCGGAUGCAUCCUUCAGCCAGCUGCUGUCAAACAUCAGCCUCCUGUACAACCAGAGCGUCGUACUGGUGAAAAGGAUGCAACAGGUGUUUGGGCAUUCCUUCCUGUCGGCCUUCACCACAGAGGCCCAACCCAGCCCGCUGUCGGGCAUGCAGAGCGACUCAAGUGCUGGCUUCUUCAGGACAGUGGCUCUGGAUCACAUCCUUGACUCAGUGUCUGACUUUGGGAAGAAUGUGCUGAAAGAAUUCAGCUCCACAGUGGCUGAUGUAUUUGAGGAGAUACAAGAAGCAGAGGAGUACUUUCAGCAACCGAGCACAGAUACAGGAUCCCUUUCUGCUUUGGGAUUGUCCCAGAGCAGAUAUCUGUGCAGACGACUCCGCAGACAAACAUCAGAGUGCUGGCAGCUCCAAACCUUGUGCGAGGCGUGUGAAGAUUAUCUGUUAAAAGAGUGUCCCAAUGUUAAGCAGUUACACUCUGAGGUGGAGGAGAUGUACGUGCUGCUCAACGCCUCUCAACAGCAAUACAACGACAGGCUGCAGCUGGUCCAGAGACACACAGCCGACACACAGAGAUGGCUCAAAAACAUGGAUGACAAGUACGGCUGGGUCAGCCAGCUGUCCAGCAGCACAGCAGGGCCACACAGUAUCUUCAGUGUGAUCACAGUGAAUCCGCAGCAGCAGAUGAAGAAUAUCAGACCCAAAGCUGAGAGCAGUGUGGUUGUAACCAUACUGGACUCUGCUCCAAUCAGUGUCUCAGUCCCAGCAGAGUUGGAGGUGGACGACCCUGCUUUUAUCCAGUACGUAGCUCAGGAGGCUCUGACACUCCAUAAACGGCAGAUAAGAGAUAUUGAUUCAGGCAGCGAUGUGGCUUAAUGUGUUAAUUAUUUGGCUCCCAGCUUCACCUGGCAGAGCUCCAAACUGCAACUGAGUAAAAUGAAUUGUGGUAAUUUGAAACAACCAGCUUCACACAAUAACAACUCCCUGUGCAUUUCUUCAAAUGCAGUAUUAUUCUGAGAGACUAUGCAAAUGUUGUUAUCCAAAAUGAUGAGUUAAUUAAGAAACAUUAACAAAUGUAAUCAUUCAUUGACUUUGUAUUAACAAAUCAAAUGCACCCAUGUGCACUGAAGCAUUGGUAUUUGUAGACAUGGGAAUAUUUAAAUUUACAGACUUGCUUGUCUUUACAAACAGUUUUAUGUUUUGUUUUCUGCACUUAAACUAAGUAAUGCGACUAUUUCCAGCACUC